UACAAACAACAACACAGGGCAUGCGACCUAUUCCUGACCUGUAGAUCUAAGCUAAAACUGGGUGAUUAGAACUCGAGGCCUUGCAGCUGGUAAACUGCUCUAACCAAGUUUGGAUAAUUUGCUUGACUCUAUGCAGUAGCAGUAAGUAGAUAUCCACCUCCAGACCAAACAUAAUGUUGCGUGCGGGGAGAAUACUGCUGUGUGGGCAGAACACGAGCAGGACAAGCUGGACCGCCGUGCUCAGCAGAUCCUGUAGUCAGAGCGUGCAAAGUGGAGUGCCUUACGAACAUCAGCUGAAAGAUCACACAAAAGAUGCGCCCACAGAGGUCCCGGCGUCGGCAGACGUGGUGAUUGUAGGGGGAGGUGUUAUAGGGUGCGCCACCAUGUAUUAUCUGACCAAGAUGGGCCAAACUAAUGUUGUAUUACUGGAGAAAGAUGAUCUAACAGCUGGAACAACUUGGCACACUGCUGGUUUAGUGUGGCGUCUACGACCCAAUGAUGUUGACAUCCAGCUCCUGAACCGUAGUCGUGACCUGAUGCAGGAGUUAGAAGAGGAGACGGGGGUCAACCCUGGCUGGAUUAACAAUGGGGGGCUUUUCAUCGCCUCCAGAAAGGAGAGAUUGGAUGAGUACAAGAGACUACACACACUGGGUAAGGUAUUUGGUAUUGAGUCUCACGUAUUGGGCCCCUCUGAGACCAAGAAGCUGUACCCUCUGCUCAAUGUGGACGACGUCUACGGCACAGUGUACAGUCCAGGAGAUGGAACCAUAGAUCCCGCGGGCUACUGCACGGCGCUCACACGUGCUGCUACACGACUGGGAGGGAAGGUGCUGACCAAGUGUGCAGUGACCGGUAUAGAUGUCCAGACUGAUGACUUUGGCACCAGGAGGGUCCAGGCUGUCCAGACGUCCAGUGGGACCAUCAAAACUAACUGUGUGGUCAAUUGUACAGGUGUCUGGGCACCCAAGAUUGGUAAAAUGGCAGGUGUAAAGACCCCAUUGGUUGCUAUGCGCCAUGCGUACGUGGUGACGGAGAGGAUCGAGGGGAUACAGAACAUGCCCAAUGUACGAGACCAUGAUGCCUCAGUCUACCUCAAACUGCAGGGCGAUGCCUUGCAAGUUGGUGGCUAUGAACCUAACCCCAUAUUUUGGGAAGAUGUUAAGGAUGACUUUGCAUUCAGUCUGUUUGACCUGGACUGGGAUGUGUUCAGUGUACAUAUAGAGGGCGCAGUGAACAGAGUUCCCAAGAUAGGAGACACCGGAAUCAAGUCCACAGUCUGUGGGCCAGAGUCAUUCACCCCUGAUCACAAGGCUCUCCUUGGAGAGGCGCCGGAAGUGAGGGGAUUUUUUCAUGGUUGUGGGUUUAACAGCUUAGGAAUGAACUUGAGUGCGGGCUGUGCCAAGCAGCUAGCUGACUGGAUCAUACAGGGACGACCAACACUGGACAUGUACGGCUAUGAUAUCAGACGUUUCACAGAAAAGCUAACAGACAACUACAAGUGGAUCGUAGAGAGGAGCCAUGAGGCAUAUGCCAAAAACUACUCCAUAGUUUACCCUCAUGAUGAGCCCCUGGCCUGUAGAAAUAUGAGGAAAGAUGCCCUCACUGAUACACUGGAGGAAGCUGGCUGUGUGUUUGAAGAGAGACAAGGCUGGGAAAGACCUGGGUGGUAUUCCCCCCAAGGUCCUGCUAAGCGGCUGAGCUAUGAUUACUAUGGUUCCUAUGACUACCAACUCCAUGAUCCUAAUACUUACUAUGAGCGACUGCAGAAUGACUAUACCUUUGACUUCCCUGUGCAGCAUGAUAUUAUUGGCAAGGAGUGUCUUACGUGCAGAGAGUCAGUGGCCAUCUUCAACAUGUCGUACUUUGGCAAGUAUUACUUAGUGGGGCCUGACGCACAGAAAGCUGCAGACUGGAUCUUCAGUAAUGAUAUGCAGAAACCUGAAGGUCACACUGUAUAUACUUGUAUGCUAAACCAGGCAGGAGGUGUGGAGGCAGAUUUAACUGUCAGUGCUAUUGAACCAGGCUCGGGAGGACCUCAUGCACCCAAGUUUGAAGGUCGAGGUUUCUACCUGGCGGCAGGGGGCGGGGCGGCCCAGCAGAACUACUCACACAUCCAGACAGUGAUCCAGGACCAGAAGUUUAACUGUCAUCUCAUUGACCACUCCGACGACAUGGCACUCAUGAGUAUUCAGGGACCCAAAAGCCGAGAGCUGCUCCAGACUCUUACUGAUGCAGAUCUUAGCAAUGAAGCUUUUCCGUUCUCCACUAACAAGGUGGUCACUGUUGCUGGACAUGAAGUGCGUGCGCUGCGUCUCUCCUUCGUAGGAGAGAUGGGCUGGGAGUUGCACGUUCCCAACGUGUCGUGCCUUGCCGUGUACCAUGCCGUGAUGGAUGCGGGUGCUAAGUAUGGCAUCACUAAUGCUGGCUACAGAGCCAUUGACUCACUAAGUCUAGAGAAAGGCUACCGUCACUGGCAUGCUGAUCUCCGUAUUGAUGACACCCCCCUCGAGUCUCUCCUUGGUUUCACCUGCAAGCUGAAGACUGACACGCCUUUUCUGGGGAGAGAGGCUCUGGAACGACAGAAGAAAGAAGGAAUAAAGAAGAGGAUUGCAUGUUUCAGUAUUGAUGACCAUGUUCCACUUCAUGGUUUGGAGGCCAUAUGGCGUGAUGGGGAAGCAGUCGGAUUUCUACGCCGAGCAGAAUAUGCCUUCGCCCUGGGCAAGAGCAUUGGGUACGGUUACGUGAGAUGUCCUGACGGCAGUGCCGUCACCGCUGACUUCAUGAAGAGUGGGGUCUACACACUAGAACACAUGGGGGCCACAUAUCCUGCCAAGCUGCAUUUGAAGUCGCCCUUUGACCCCCAAAAUAAACGGGUUAAAGGAAUCUACGAUGAACCUUUGCCCAUCCAUAAAGUACAGGCAUAGAAGAUUUGUUAACAAUAUUUGUUUGUAGUGAUAGAAGAAAACUCUGACAUUUGGUACAGGGUGUGCAUCAUGUCCUGUGGACUUGCUCAAAAUUAAAUCUACAAAAAUUUAGAAAUUGCUGCAGGAAAGAAAAUCUUGCAGGCUCUUGGUGGUAUAUCAUAAUCUGUAGAGUUCUGAAAGAUUUGUCUGGUGAUGUCACUGAGGCUUCACCAGGCGUCUUGACCAUGGGGAGUAAUGUGUACUGGUAACAGUCAUGAUUUUGUUAAUGUUGAUUCAUCAAAACAGAAAAAUUACUUAUCUAAAAAUUGAUAUGAUGCACCUCUUUUGUUUACAUGGCUAGUCCCUUAUAUUUAUGUAUUAGUCUACCCUUAGCUUGGCUUGGGUACAUGUUGAUGGUUUGUAUGGUCAUUCUGGUCACAGGGUUCUUUGCACUGCUUAGUUUGGGUCAGAGUAGUGACCAGGGGACAGGCAGACAGACAGACAGACGUUUCCUCUGCUGGGAAGACGGUGGGUAAGGUUAAGCACUUAUUCAGGUGGUUAAUAUGAUUUCUAACCAUGUAUUCAAUCUAUUCUUACAUUUUCUUAUUCCUUGACAGAUGAAAGUUUGGCAAGAAAGCAAGCCAUUGCCCACAGCCAAAGACGGUCACACUUUGAUUUCUUGCAGAUGGAAGUCAUGUCACAUUCACCAAGUGUUGAGGCGCUCUCAUUUAUUUUUUUUCAUAUUUUUAUAAGGAAUUGCCCUGAGUUUCAUAGCACCGACAAUCUUCCUUAACGCAACAUACGCUUUCCAAGAUAA